CUCCGCCCCUCUGUCCCUUCCUCACCAGUGCAGAGAGCUCGGGGACUCAGAGCCCAGCUUGCUAGGCCCUCAGCUAGCGGCCCCAUCAUGGCCCUCCUGAGAUCCCUUCUCACGCUGGUCCUGCUGGCGUGGGUUGUCCUGGCCGAACAAGAAUCGUGCAAAGGCCGCUGCACGGAGGGCUUCAGUGUGGACAAGAAGUGCCAGUGUGAUGAGCUCUGCUCUUACUACCAGAGCUGCUGCUCCGACUACGUGGCUGAGUGUCAGCCCCAAGUGACUCGUGGGGAUGUCUUCACUCUGCCGGAGGAUGAGUAUGGGGCCUUUGACUACCCUGAGACCAAGGACAACGCCAGUGUCCUGACACAGCCGGGGACCCCCACCCUGAACACUGACCUGCAGACUCUGCCUGAGGGCAAUCCUGAGCAGGCGCCUGUUCUGAACCCCAAGGAAGAGCCCCGUGUGCCUGAGAAGGGGACCCAGGCGUCUGACAGGGAGGAUCCAAGGCCCGAGACCACUGAUUCAGAGAGCGAAUACCCCACUGAGGAGGAGCUGUGCAGCGGGAAGCCCUUUGAUGCCUUCACCGACCUCAAGAAUGGCUCCCUCUUUGCCUUCCGAGGGCAGUACUGCUAUGAGCUAGAUGAGAAGGCAGUGAGACCUGGGUACCCCAAGCUCAUCCGAGACGUCUGGGGCAUUGAGGGCCCCAUCGAUGCCGCCUUCACUCGCAUCAACUGCCAGGGGAAGACCUACCUCUUCAAGGGCAGUCAGUACUGGCGCUUUGAGGAUGGCAUUCUGGACCCUGGUUACCCCCGAAACAUCUCUGAAGGCUUCGGUGGCAUCCCAGACGAUGUGGAUGCAGCCUUGGCUCUCCCUGCCCACAGCUACAGCGGCCGGGAGCGGGUCUACUUUUUCAAGGGGAAGCAGUACUGGGAGUACGAGUUCCAGCAGCAGCCCAGUCGGGAGGAGUGUGAGGGCAGCUCCCUGUCCACCGUAUUUGAGCACUUCGCCCUGAUGCAGCGGGCCAGCUGGGAGGACAUCUUCGAGAUUCUCUUCUGGGGCAGAUCCUCUGGCGGUGUCAAAGAGCCCCAGUUGAUCAGCCAGGACUGGCAUGGUGUGCCCGGGCAAGUGGAUGCAGCCAUGGCUGGCCACAUCUACAUCUCAGGCUCAGUGCCCCAGUCCUCCUGGGCCAAGAAACAAAAGUCUAGGCGCCGCAGCCGCAAACGCUACCGCUCACGCCGUGGCCGUGGGCAAGCCCGCAGCCGCAGCCGCAGCCAGAACUCCCGCCGGCCAUCCCGUUCAGCCUGGCUGUUCUGGUCCUCCAGCGAGGAGAGUGGGUUGGGAGCCUACAACUAUGACGACUACGGCAUGGACUUCCUUGUUCCAGCCACCUGUGAGCCCAUCCAGAGUGUCUACUUCUUCUCUGGAGACAAGUACUACCGAGUCAACCUGCGCACGCGACGAGUGGACACGGUGACCCCUCCCUACCCACGCUCCAUUGCCCAGUACUGGCUGGGCUGCCCGGCCCCUGGCCUCUAGUAGGCUCAGAGCCCACCUAGUGGACCUUCUUUAAGCUUCCUCCCCAGUCUCCUCCUCCCGGCCCAAUAAAGGUCCCUUGGCCCUGAGUUUAA